AUGUCAUGUCAACUGCCCAGUACUCUUGUGGAAGUGCAAAUGGUGAAAUGUGGUUUGACACAAUCGACUUCGUCUGUGAUCUGCAACAGUGCUAAACUGCAGAGAUUGGAUUUAUCAGGCAACGAUCUGCAGUCUUUCGAAUAUAACAACACAGGGACGAUACGAAAGUUAACAGUCUUGAAUGAUUUAGAAAAGCUGAAUUUGUCAGACAACAGAAAUCUCCACACAUUUACAUUAGCAGGUCUCACCAAGUUGAAAGUGUUGGAUUUGAGAUGCUGUAACAUACAGCAGCUACCAUCAGGAAUGAGUGACCUCCAUCAUAUAGAGAAGCUGUAUUUGGGAGGAAACAAACUAGGACUAUCUUUCACAUUUUCAUGUUUGCAAGGGAAGCAUUUACAAACAUUGGGUUUAUAUAGCUGUGAUAUAGAAAAGGUACAGUGGGAGUUGAUGUCACCUAACAUUUCCUAUGAGCUGGACCUUGCUGGUAACAAGAGAUUAUCGUGUCUUCCUAACAAUAUGUGGAAUGCACUGAACUUGAAGAGAUUGGAUCUAAGUGGUUCUGGUAUAUCAAGUAUACCCAAUACAGGUAAAUAGUAGUAUUACUUGUAAGUGUCCUAGCUAGAGAGAUACGACUAAUUAUGUCAUAUACAAUAUUUCCUUAAAUGACACUCAUCAUUACAUUUUGUUCAUUUUCAAGUGCCAAACACAUUGCUUAUCUCUAUCAAUCAUGUCCAGUCUGUUUGUUACUAAACAGUAUGAUGUACUUGUAUUCAAUGUGUAAUAUUUAUAUAUUUAUUUGAUUGCUGACUAAUGGUCUUGUCAGU